AAGCCUCUUCUGAGGCAACGGCGUUUCACCUUCCCCCCAACCCCUCCUUAUGCUGGCUACAAUCGCCACUUUCACUCCUUUCCCGCGCUGUUCACACUGUAAUCUGUGCGUACAGAGCGGGCCAUCACUCUGUUCGCGCAUUGCAAGGCACGAACAGACGUCUGACUGACUCCCCCGCCUGUUCGCACUAUAUUUGUGCGAACAGAGCGGCCAAUUACUGUUCGUACCUUUCUACACGAACAGGCCGACCAAGCCCACCCAUUCGUCUAGUUUUGCACGAACAGUUUAUUUAUACGAAUUCCGUACGUGAAUUCAACGCUAUAAGCAGUAUCUGUAUACUCACCUUCCCCACGAACUGUUUUCGCUGGCUUUUUUUUUAUUUUCUGUCAGCUACCCCGGGUCUCUCGCGAGACCCGCGGCAACCGUUUUGUUGGUGUAAUUGUGGCGGAAUACCACACUCAUCAAGAUAAGGCAAACCGGCGAAGAUUUUCUACAAAAAUUACCAUAGAUGACUCCAGUUUUCUCACAGGGACCUGCACAGGUUGGUUUGACUACCCCUGGGGAGUGGGACUGCCAGUUAAGGUAUACCCUAGUAGUCUGGCAGGGGGUGAGCCCCCAUUUAGGUAA